AUGAAUAGUGUUGAGGUGGCGUCCGCGCCCUCUUCCUAUGACCCGAAAGGCAGCUCAGAUCAGGGUCAGGAUGAGACUGCUGUGCCGAUAUACGAGAGACAUGCUAAAGAAUUCUAUCAAAAUGUAGUGGCAGAUUUCAGUGGCCUCGAAGUCCAGCCGCCUGCAAAUCCGCCAGAUAUUUUGAGCCGGUAUCAGUUUGGCAGAAUACUUGGUAAGGGAGGAUUCGGCAUUGUCUAUGAAGGGAAACGCCUGGAGGAUGGCCUUGAGGUGGCAGUAAAAAUUGCCAGAAAGCCGAGGAAAAUGCAGUACAUUUCCAUUCCUGGUCAUCCCGCACCCCUUCCAUUAGAGGUCGCCCUGUUAAUCCUGGUUAAUAAUAGGGAGCCUAAAGUUACACAGAUCAUUCAGCUACUGGACUGGCAGGACGAGCUGGACUACUACAUCAUGGUUUUGGAGCGCCCCUUACCAUGCACAGAUCUGCUUAACUUCAUUAGUCUCUUUAGAGGAACUCUCAGUGAAUUUGGAGCACAACUUGUCAUGUGGCAAGUAACGCAUGCCGCUAACGCAUGCAGUGCCAGUGGAGUUCUCCACCGAGAUAUUAAGAUGGAGAAUAUACUGAUCAAUCCAGAAACAUUAGAGACUAAACUGAUUGACUUUGGAUGCGGGGAUCUCCUGAAGAAAUCUGCAUAUAAUUAUUUCUCUGGCACACGUGAAUAUCGCCCCCCUGAGUUCAAAACAGAGGGCAGGUACCAUGGGAAUCCUGCAACUGUGUGGUCACUAGGAGUCCUCUUAUUCAAAAUUGUGUUUGGACACUUUCCAGGACCCAGUGAACUGCGGGUGAUUAAUUCGGGCACUUGGAUUCAGCCUGGCUUGUCACACGAAUGCCGUCUUCUGAUUCAGUGUCUCCUGCAGCUGGACCCAAGCUGACGGAUUGGUUUGGAGGAAAUCCUG